CUGUAUCGGAGUGGCCUGGCCGCAAAGAAAAAGAAACCCUGAAUGACACCUCCCAUACGUAGUAUAAAGUUGCGUAGGGUACCUGGGAGAUUUGAGUUGGCUCAAAAAGGGAUUGUCAUGACGGCAUGGCGAGAAGGAUGUCUAUACUGUGGGUUUGCCAAUGGCCCAACAGAUAUAUACCUACAUACCAAAGGGAUUCGCAUCUCAUGAUACCUUUGGAACUCAAGGAAGCAGUUAUAACAGCGAGAAAGGAUACGGGGUAUAAUGCAAGCAGAAUUCACGAUAGCUGCAAGGGAUGCGUUUGUUUUGGGAUCUCGGGCAUUUUCAGCACGGAUUGGUACGAGUAAUGUCUGGCAUGGGGCUGAAGCGAUAGAC